ACUCUCCUGCCACUCAAACCAAAAGACAAAUAGAUUGUGUGUGCUGUCAACAAAAUCACUUUAUUUAUAAAUGUGAAAAGUUUGCAGCGAUGUCUCUAGAGGAAAAGAAAAAAAUUGUCAUUAGCAACAAUAUGUGCUUCGGGUGCCUCAGAGUCGGACAUGUUGCAAAAAAUUGCAGAAAGAGGGCUACUUGCAAUAUUUGUAGACAAAGUCAUCCAUCUCCACUUCACGAAGAACGCCCUGUAGGAGAAAAGCUAGAAGCAUUACCACAAAAGGACAAUUCUUCCAUUGCCUUAUUCACCGUGAGAAUGGACAAUGGUGAUCGCACUUCCAUGAUUGUUCCAGUGUGGCUCUCUAGUGCGGCCAAGAAUAGUCCAGAGACUUUAGUGUAUGCAUUACUGGACACACAGAGUACCAGUACCUUCAUUGACCAUGAUGUCUGUGGAAAAAUUCAAGCGCACACAGAACCUGUCAAACUGAAGUUGUCAACAAUGACUGAUAAGAGUUCAAUACUGAAUUGUCACAGAAUUGUUGGACUGAAGGUGAGAGGGUACAAUUUACAAGAGUACAUUGAGCUACCUCCAGCAUACACUCAAGAAUACAUCCCACUAGAGAAGAAUAGCAUUCCCACUCGUGAAACAGCAGCAGGGUGGACUCACCUUCUGAGCAUAGCCGAAGAGAUGCCACAUCUGUUGAACUGUCCUGCAGGACUUCUGAUUGGCUAUUACUGUGCACGGGCUCUGAAACCAAAAGCAGUGAUAUCAGGGGAAGAGUAUGAACCUUAUGCAGUCAAGACAGAUUUAGGCUGGAGUAUAGUUGGAGCCAAAAUGCCUUGCACUGACAUAAGGGAUGGCGAAGGGUUCUGCCAUCGUAUCUCUGUGAAAGAACUUCCACCUAUCACACCUGCCUCUGUGAUCAAAGCAUUAGAGAGAGAUUUUCUUGACACAAAUCCAAGAGAAAGGACAAUAUCCCAAGAUGACAUUCAAUUUCUGCAUCUCUUGAAUGGGAAAAUUCAAUAUAACGAAGAGGGACAUCUGGAGAUGCCUCUACCAUUUAGAAAGCGUCCUCAGCUUCCAAAUAACAAGCAGCUGGCUACAGUCAGAUUGAAACAUUUAAAAGGAAAAAUGGAAAAGAGUCCAAAGUACAAGGAAGAUUAUAUCAAAUUCAUGGACAAUGUCUUUAGAGAUGGUGAUGCAGAAGAAACAAAUGCCACCACAAAGGAAGGCAACACAUGGUACAUUCCGCACCAUGGGGUGUAUCAUCCUAGGAAGCCUGAGAAGAUUAGGGUCGUAUUUGACUGCUCUGCCAAAUGUGAAGGCACCACUCUGAAUGACCACCUCCUCACAGGACCUGAUCUAACAAAUACUCUGACUGGAGUGCUGUGUAGAUUUCGCCAGCAUCAGAUCGCGAUUAAUUGCGAUGUUGAGAAAAUGUUUCACCGCUUCCACGUAACCCCAGAAGAUCGGGAUUUCUUGAGGUUCCUGUGGUGGGAAAAUGGGAACACCGCAAGAGAGCCCAAAGAAUACCGGAUGCGAGUUCACAUAUUUGGAGCAGCAUCAUCGCCUGGAUGUGCUAACUAUGGCAUGAAAUACCUCGCCAGCAAAUAUGAGAAUGAUUACCCAUUGGCUGCAGUCUUCAUCCGGAAAAAUUUCUAUGUGGACGAUGGGCUUAUCAGUGUCGAUUCAGUUCAAAGAGCCAACCAGCUUGUGAAUGAAGCACGGGAAGUCUUUAGUAAAGGACAGCUGCGCUUACACAAAUUUGUCUCUAACAACAGAAAGGUUUUGGAUGCAAUUCCAGAGAGUGAACGGGCAAGUGCAGUGAAGGAUGUGGACCUGAACUACAGCGAGCUUCCAAUGCAGAGUGUGCUGGGAGUGAAGUGGAGCAUAGAGACGGAUGCGUUCUCAUUCAAUGUCGUCCUCAAUGAAAAGGCAGCCACCCGGCGAGGAAUCCUAUCAACGGUAGCUAGUGUAUACGACCCAUUAGGAUUUCUCUCUCCCUACAUCUUGACUGGGAAAAGAGUGCUGCAAGAGAUGUGCAAACGAGGUGUAGGAUGGGAUGAACAUGUUCCCCUUGAACUGAAGCCAAAGUGAGAAAUGUUGGCUCGAAUUUAGCCUAUUACCCAAAAACAUUUAAAAUUCAACUUAGAAGCCAAUACUCACAUCUACCUCUGAGCCCAGUUGGAGAUAGAAAAAACACACCAGCCGUGAGUGAGAAGAAGCAAGGGUCCAGCUUUAUUGUUCCAUUCCACCACACGAGAUCCACACCGAUGAGAAUUCUCAGAAGUGAUCCCCCAUACCCUGAGCUUAAGCUCCAGUAUUUAUACUGUAUUUACACACUAGAUAACCCAUAGGUUUCCAGAAAAGGCCUAUUUCACUUACCCAUAGAAUUGAAACCAGGGGUUUUACUUUACACAUAAAAUCAGAACCCAGGCAUUUCCAACAACCCAGGAAACAACAACCCAGUGUUUCUAUUUACCUAGGUUUUCAAAAACCAGGGUUCUCUUUUACCUAGGUUUUCAAAAACCAGGGUUCUCUUUUACCUAGGUUUUCAAAAACCAAGAUUCCCAUUUCCCUAGGUUAAAAAAAUGACGUAAGCAAGACGACUAAACAACCGGGAGGGACCUUGGUCUUAUCGUUAUCUCGAGGGGGGGGGGGGGGGGGGGGGGCAGCCACCCUUAUAACUGGCUUUCUUCAUGGUUCUCUAAAAAUUAAGGCUUUCCUUGCGAGACGAGAAUCUUCACCAUCUGAAUCAUGAGUGCCGGUGCCCGUCGUCAGUCCCUUCUCUCUCCGUUACUGGACCUGGAUCUGGAUCUGGACCUCCCUUAUGUUUAUUUUAUGACAUUUUUUAUCCACAACAUUUCCCCCUCUGAGGCUAUGAAGCCUCAUACAAUACCUUAAUUAAGCAUGGAGGAACUGAUUCUGCCGCACCCCAUGGCCGUCCCCCGCUAGCUGUCGGAGGAUUACUCUAACGAAGCCAUAAUCCCGCCCGUCGUCCCCGUAAUCCAAUGGGUCCCCUACAUUAACCACUUCUACGCAACACCGAUCCGAAUAGGAGCUGAGGAGGUUUUGUAGACCUGGUGGGAGACGUGCUAGUGUUGUGCGCCCCGGGGUCUCAUAGUAGAUUGGCAGCUGGAGAAUGGGCCUUAGGACCCCCCUACAUCCACUUUGCGCCGGACAUGUGUAGAUGUACCUAGCCAUAACUCUUAACCCUUAACUUACUUCUCCUUUUAUAUAUAUAUAUAUAUCUCAUUUUGAAUCUAACUACUUUGAUUAUACCCUACAUCGAUUAUAAGUGUGAUUAACUGAGUUUCCCUAAUCAUUCAUUACUACUACUACUGCCAUACGUUUUGUAUUUGUCUGGACCUACAGAUUCUUGCUUCCCCUCAAAAACCAAACCCCAGUCUUUCGCAGUCAGGGGUGGGCGAAAAAAACCUCCUACGAGGGAAAAAUUCCCACCCUGCCAGCACUAUGUGCUCGGCAGCACCAUUAUACUUUUCUGUGCCUGAUUGCGUCACAUCACAAACAUUUUAUAACAUUUUAUAACAAUACUUGACAGUCUGUUGUAUGCAGUAUCUGUAUCUCUCUGUAUGCUGGUUGUCUUCAGCUCAAGCACUUUACGUACUGUAGAGAGCCACCCUUUGGGGAGAGGUUAGGCUAGCACGUACACCCAGGGUAUGGAUCUUCACAUCUUCUCAUCCUGUCUGCCACAGAGCAGACCCCCCGUUGACGCUUCGUACCGGACCUUCACGUGUUCCCCACCAUCUCGUCAUUGGAGGAUUGAGCAUCCUCCAGGGGUUGCAUGUUCUAGUCCGCUGCUGCCCUGUAGUCAGCCUUCUCUCGCGGCUCCGGGACUCCCACCUCCGGGUGAACACCUCUGAACACCUCCGAACACCUCCGAACACCU